CGUCCAUUGAAUAUAAUAUUUAUUUUGUAUGAAAAUAGGGAGUCUAAAUACUUCAUAAUUUUUAAAAGUUGUUGAACAAAAGUGUCACCGUUUGAGGAGUACAAUCUAUGUUUUAAUUAUUUGCUCGUGUUACAGGCCACACCCGGUAUACUUUAAUUAAUAACCAUAUUAUUAAUACCUACUUACAUAUUCCUACCUACUUUAAUUGAUAUGCAUUCUAUACUGCAAUAAUAAUUGGAAGCGGCAGAAGCCCUAAUGCAAUUUUAAUACGCAAGUAUCGUAUUACCAAUCGCGAACAAAAUUUAAAUUACAAUCAAUUCCCACAUGCUAGUAAAGUAAUAACAUUCUUUUGUGUGCAAACAGUAUCGUUUACCAUUCAAUUUGUUGUAUGAAUGAGUUUACGUCACAACACUCCUGGGGCCAGCGAGGCGUGAUCCCUUUCUGCGGUCACUGAUAACAUCUAUUACAUCUAUAUAGGGUAUCAAAAUCAUCCCCUGAAGGGCGGGGCCUGGGAGAGACCACCCUUAUCCCGUGUAUAUAUUUGAAGGGUCGGAAAGCCGGCCCAUUUAGUCAGUGGAAAGAUGGACAUGUCUCCUGUGCGAAGUUCUAGGGGAACGGAUUUCAGUAUCGAGCGGAUUUUGAGUGCGGAUUCGAGUCGCGAGGCGCCGGAGACUCCGAGUUGGCUGUGCUGCACGCGGUACCGACCUCCGCGGCUUCCACGGGCAGUCAACAAUGUGUGUCGGCAACGGCGGUCGGGGCGACACGCACGCGUUCCUUUUACCGCGGCGCAGGCAGCAGCCCUAGAAGCGGCUUACGCGCGUGCGCCGUACCUAGCACCGCCGGCGCUGCGAGCUCUAGCUGCAGGUCUACAGCUACGAGAUGAUAGAAUAAAAAUCUGGUUCCAAAAUCGUCGAGCGAGAGAGCGCAGAGAGAAAUGCACCAAUAUCGCCCCUCCCCGCGCCGUAGCAUUACCACCUUCGAGACUACCAGUGACACACACAUGGGCUAAUGAAAUAUCUAACAGUACUCAGGAUUAUACAAGACAAAUUAGUUCUUUAGAUGUUAAUAAUACGCUUGAACGUUCUUUAGUAGUUGAAACAACAUUUGAACAAAGUGAGGAAAGUCGAGAUUCUGCGGACGACCAUUCUCCUAUUGAUAUAGAAACGGUUGAUUAGUAUAGCUAGUGCGGAUUUUCAGGUUUUUCAAGACUAGGGUAUUUCCUUUAAUGACUAAUUUCAGGGAAAAACAGGCCUUAUCGGGAUUAGUCGGGUUGUUUUGGAUUAUAGGAGCGAUUAUUUCCAAAAAUACUCACUAUACUAAAAAUGGUUUCAAGACCCCGUAUUUGUUUUGAAGUUACUGUAUUAGGAUUGAAGCGACUCAUCCCCACUGUCACUGAGGUAAGCCUGGGACGGAGAGAAAAGCGGACAUGAUGAAACUAUAAGAGUUCCUGAUUGUCUACCGAAUCCUAAAAACUAUGCAGCGUGUCAAGAGAUUUGUGUGUAGGUAAAAUAUUAUCGAAUAAUGAUUCGUUUUAUCAGAAUAAUGAGUUAAUUAAGUAGGUACCUAAAGUGAGUGACAGAAUCAAUGUAAUAAAUAUACGAUGAUUAUCAUUGAAAAUUUAGCAUUUAGUGA